AAUUCGCAAGCACUAUCCAUAACGGAGUUGGAUUUUCUAUUGAUACUUAACUUUCCUCGAUGGCGUUCAUUGUUUGCUGUCAUUAAACACAGUGCGUAUAAACAUUAGUUGAAAAAAAAUCCCGUUUGAAAGUGGUCAGUAAGAAUAAUGGCACUUGCGUUAAAACAUAAAAUGUCACCACAUCGUAUCUAGUACAAUAUAUGUACAUAUGUAAAUGUUACAAUAUUUAAAUCUGGAAGCAUAGUGAGCCUUUACAAAUCCGAAGAAUCAUAAUUUCGAGGGUACAAAGCAGUACUGAAUUUGUUACAACCAGGAUAAAUAGACAACUCGAGGAUGACCAAGUUUGAGUUUGAGAAGGAUAAUAAUCCAUGUGGGAACCAGAAGGCUGGGGAAUCUUAUUGCGGUACAGACACAUUUUAUCUCAAGGAUGUCGAAACGGAUUCCACGUCAAAGAAACUUCGUUACCCAAAACAAGUCUGGUUUAUCCUAGCAAAUGAAUUUUGCGAACGAUUCUCCUACUAUGGCAUGAAAGCCGUCCUCACCAUCUACCUCGUCAACGUAUUGGCGUAUAGUCCUGAUUCCGCUACGAAACUUUAUCAUAUUUUUAGCGGCUUCUGCUACUUUACACCUCUUUUUGGGGCGAUGAUCGCUGACUCUUUUUUGGGGAAGUUCAGAACUAUACUUUAUCUUUCAAUUGUGUAUUCACUGGGAAAUGUCAUCCUUUCUCUGGCUGCAACUCCACCACUAAAUCUUCCAGACAGGACCUUCAGUCUCAUAGGACUAGGGUUGAUUGCGAUCGGAACGGGUGGUAUCAAGCCCUGUGUUAGUUCAUUCGGUGGUGACCAAUUCAUACUUCCACAGCAAGAGCGACACUUGGGACAAUUUUUUAGCAUAUUUUAUUUUUCAAUCAAUGCCGGAAGUCUCAUAAGCACAUUUGUCACACCAAUUUUCCGAAAAGACAUUGCUUGUUUUGAAAGUGAUACUUGCUAUCCACUGGCAUUCGGAGUUCCAGCUGCCCUUAUGAUUGCUGCCCUUGCCAUAUUUAUCCUGGGAAGACCCAUGUAUACGCUAACCAAACCUGCAGGGAAUCUAGUUCUGCUUGUCAUUAAAUGCGUCUCGCACGCCAUCUCAAGAAAGAGGAAACUCGCAGCAACUGGCGACAAACGCGAACACUUUCUUGAUUAUGCUGAUGAUAAAUUUGAUAAAAAGUUACUCAAUGAUGUCAAAGCAUUAUUACGGAUUUUAUUUUUAUACAUUCCGCUCCCAGCGUACUGGUCACUAUUCGAUCAGCAGGGAUCUCGAUGGACCUUACAAGCAACUCGAAUGGACGGAAAAUUUUUUGGGUAUCUAAUUAAACCAGACCAGAUGCAGGUGGUAAACCCAUUCCUAAUUUUGGCCCUAAUUCCAAUAUUCGAUAAAGUGAUAUAUCCAACGCUAAGGAGAGGAAACAUUUUAACCAGGCCAUUACAGCGUCUUACAACGGGUGGAAUUCUAGCAGGCAUUGCAUUCAUCAUCUCCGGCAUUUUGGAGCUGCAUCUUGAACCAACAUACGCGGUCACCUUGGGUCCAUCCGAAUCUCAAGUUCAUUUCAUCAACACUUUGCCAUGCAAUUUGAAUCUGACCUUCAAUGGAGAAUUGGGGUCAAGAGGAAUAGAAUCCUUCGAUAUGUCAAUUCUUUCCAAAAUCUCGGCCGGCAAAUAUGACGGGAAAGUCGAGGCUAUUGGUGAAUGUGAUUUGCUCAAGAACAAUGUGACAUUCUCAUUCAUUGCAGAGGAACAAAAAGCAUUUACCUACAUGAUAAAAGUGGUGAAUGGGUCUAUUGAAAUGCAACGGGACAAGUCUGAGGAUGAGCUGGAAAAGUCAAAGGAAGGAAACCCAAAAUUAAAGGUGAUUAUUUCUGGAAUGCUGGAAGAAGUAAAUUUAAAUGCAACGUUAUUACUCAUCAACGAAAAACAAGUUGCAAAGCAUAUAAAUCUGCAAAAUGAUACUUCCACCGUCUUUCUCAUAGAUCCCAAUAUGUAUCAUUUUAAACUGUUUAUUCCAUCAAAUGAGACUGUCAAUCGACUGGAACAGUCGGUAAAUAUUAGUGGCACAAUUGACCUUCAUCUUGGGGGUAACUAUAUCUUGACUCUGAGCAAGGACCUGGCAUCAGGACAGAUUUCCACUAAAAGUUACACCAUUACUGAACCAAACUCCGUUCACAUGUUGUGGUUACUGCCACAAUACAUUGUCAUUACAAUCAGUGAAGUAAUGUUCUCUGUCACUGGAUUAGAAUUCUCAUUUUCCCAGGCUCCUGUAAGUAUGAAGGCUGUCAUACAGGCUGCCUGGCUACUCACUGUUGCAUUUGGAAAUAUCAUUGUCGUAUUCAUAGCAGAGUUUAUUAAGUUUGACAAGCAGUCCAAAGAGUUUUUCUUAUUUGCGGGAUUGAUGUUCGCUGAUAUGACGAUAUUUGGAAUCAUGGCAUAUUUUUACAAGCCCAUAGACAUCAAUGCGAACGAAGGGGAAGAAGAUGAAUCCAGGUCCAACAUACCAAUGCAACCUCCAAAUGUUUUUGACAACUCUACAUUUCGGAAGGAAGAGUAGUACAGAAGUGCAACAAUAAGUACCUGACUUCGCCACCUACAUAAAAUUACAUGGAUUUCGUAUUACAUAUUAUUUAGAAACUCGAUAUAUAUGUAGACUACCAGAAAACACAUUUUGCAUUUUUUUAAUUGUAAUACGUUAUAAAUAAACCUGAUAUAAUAAUGGUCGAUGACAAAGAAAAAACAGAAA